AGCGGAAAGGCGUUAACCCUAGAGGGAUUCGCCAUGUUAUCUGAAAACAGGAAACGACAGCGUACUCGAGGCGAUGAUGAUGAUGCACUUCUGAUGCCUCAGGCCAAAAGAUUAAGCACAACACUCCAGAGCUCUGAGGGAAGCAGAGAAGCCUGGGAGUCUGAGUCCUCCAGCAGUGACAGCAGUGGGGUCAGUAGUCCAGAGCACGCAGCUGGGACCAGCAGCAGCGCGAGCAGUCAGUACGGAGCCGAAAACCUCAGGUCCUCCAGUCCACAUAGUUCCUUGGACCAAUCUGACGCCACAAGCCUGGCCUUGUAUGAACCUAUCAACCGUGUCCUGAGAGAGGCCCACUUCCAGAGCCUACACAACAGAGGUCAGUCACGAGAUAGGUGACUUUCAGAGACUUUCACAUCUCUGACAGUGACCCCUUCACUCUACCUGAGCGCCUGGCUACAUUCCCCAGGAGACAGGGUAGAGAUCAUCAAGUUUAUUCUGACUUUCUCUCAUUUGUGAUUAGUGUGAUUUUUGAAUUGAAAGUGUGGCCUGAAACUGUAACGCUAUUGACUAAUUAGAGCACAAAAGGAUUCACGUUGUAAGCAAUAAUAGCUUGGCGACAAUGCAACCUUUUGUGCCAUACACACUGUGUAUUUCUUCUGAACACACCAGUUUACAUGUAAAUGAGAGCUUCAUUGCAGGUGGAACUGCACCUGGUGCAUAUUAUCGUUUCAUUGCUGGUGCACUUUGGGGGGGUACGGGGUAAUCACAUUUACAACACAGCAACAAUCUAGAAAUCUUUUGUUUAUUUAUUGAACUCGAUCGUUAAGUUGGCACUUGAUGUAUGUUGAGCGGUAUAAACCUAUGGUCGUAAUAACAAGCUCCUGGGUUUGUAACUCUUUGCGAUGGAACAGCCACUACGCCCUUCCUCUUACAUCAUCUCACUGAUAAACGUUUACAUUUCCUUACCCCCCCAUCUCUUACUUAGCUCUUUAUCCGAUGCUCACGUGGAUCCUCUGGAAGAUUGAUCUCCAAUUAAAUUGCAAGAUUACUUGUUUAUUUUUUAUUGUAUAUUCUUAUGGAAACAUUGGAUGAUUUUAUUUUAUGUUCAUGUCACCUACAUUUUAAAAAAAUAAGGAUGGCUGUUCCUAAGUACAUGAGUGCAACUUUAUUAAAAACUAAAAAAUGGUGAA